AUGCGUUGCGCGGGGCUCCUGCUCUGGUGUCUUCUCGCGCUGCAGGCGGCUGCUGUCGAGGCACAGAGACAGUUUGAGAAGCAGCGAUCCCUGGUGCAGGCACCUGCGAGUGCCGUCCAGCGGCGCACUGCAUCUCCUGUCGAUGCCUUUGGCAACCCUGUGCCGGACAGCGUCGCGAUACCGAACAUCCCGCGGGCAAAACCUCCUGCGCGCGUGACCUCAUCUGCAGGGUAUUUGGAACUCGAGCUUGUUCUGGAGACAGUGGAUCUCCUAGCCGAGUGCGAGGUUUUCCGAAACGACGCGGACGAGACGGAGCCGUCCAUAUCAUGCUUCAAGGGAGCAUGUGUCACGUUGGUGAAGCUUGCAAGUUUGAAGGUGGAUGCCAGCUACACGUUCACAACACAUUCUGUUCGGAAGGUUACGGACGGCGUGACUGGCCAGGUCUUCGAGUUUCACGGGCCUCGGAGUCACCCUAUCACCUUUGUGACGGCUGGUUUACCUGACUGGCAAUUGGCCAUCCCCGAGACUACGUCUCUGGGAUCCAUUGUUAUGCGCUUAUCCUGGGAGGAGCCCAACACGGGUGGCAGCACAAUCCUUGGCUACCAAGUGGAAAUGGAGACGAACUUAUUGCCAGGUUGGCAAAUGAUCUAUGACGGCCAGUACGAUCCUAGCGUCAAGCAUUUGGUGCUGCAGAAUCUCUCUUACGGCACAACCUACUUCUACAAUGUGUAUGCGAUCAACGCAAUUGGCAGAAGCAAGCCCAUCUCCACCGCCUACACUGUGGCAGUUCCGCUCGAGAAGACCUACUUCUACCCUCUCUCGACCGACCCAUCAAUCGCUCGCGAUCCAAUUCCAGAUUUCAUCAUUGCAGAUGUUCCGACAGACCUGACCAUCCGCGCAAAAAACCCCGUCACCGAGUGGUUCGAGGUGGACAGCACUCAUCGCAACUACUUGGCUGCGGUUCACGAUGCCUGUGAGCUGAACUCGGAGCGCACGAUGUGCCUCCCUGUUCCCGAGCAGCACCCAGAUUACCAGGCUCCUCGUGCGCAGCUUUUGGGCAACGUUCAUCUCGAAGGUUUGAACUACACCGGCAACAAGACGGGCAUCUACUCGCUAAUGGUGUAUGCAAUCUUCUCAGCCUUUGGGGUCAGUAUUGGGACAACGCGUGGUUCUAUGGGCUGCCCGUCCUUUCCAAAGUUGAUGCCAACAUCAGCUUCGAGUGGGGCCACCACGAGGCGAUUGCUCAAGCUUUCGCUUGGGUGGGGUUGGGGAUGUUGGGGCUUCUGGCAGGUCACGGCUUUGGCAGGCGAUCACAUCACUGCGAGGUGGGUGGGCUUCCUCCUUGGCCCGACCACAGACGAAUACACCAUCUACGUCAAGGCGGAUGACAGCGUUCGCGUGUGGUUUCAAGGUGACCUGGUGAUUGACUAUUGGGACUCCUCCAUCCCCUGUUGCCCCGAGCUCUGGACUCGCCAGCUGAUAGAAAAGGACAAGUUCUACUCCAUCAAGGUCGAAUGGAAAGAGAUGCAAGGAAAUGCGCAACUGCGAUUGAUGUGGGGCAUCACGGGGAAGCGGAAGCAGAUUAUUCCAGGUGCAAACCUAUGGCGAGGAGCUCCGCUUGAAAGCGCGCCCUUCCGAAUCGUGGUUCAUCCAGGGCCACCGAGUGUCCAAACAAGUGGCCUCAUUGAGCCCCUGGAGCGGCUCCGGACCGCGGUAUCGCAGAGGCUGUACCUACAGGCACUCGACACCAUGAGCAACACGGUCAACUCAACAGAUGUCCAAUUUGAAGCGUACUUCUAUCCACCCAGCUAUACCAAUGCAACUGUGCCUCUGGUGUUCAGGUCCAUCCCGUUGAUGCUGCAAAGACAAACUGAACACAUCCACGACCACCUGCACUUCAUUGAUUUGGUUCUCCUGGAGCCGGGGAACUACACCUUAGAGCUCUUUUUGAAAGGGCAGGGCCAGCUCGUCUUGAAGUUCCUGCCAAGUAACCAGCUGUACAAAAGUUUUAUCGUGGUUACAUUGUUGACCGGUUGGGACGCCGAGGAAACAAACUUCACAUUACAGCUCCGCGAUGCCUUCAGCAACCCGGUGCCACAUGUUGACGGUGUUACCGUGGAGGUGGACUUGGAAUUUGUGGAGGAGAUUGAUGCAAACGGCACUAUGGACGAUCGGCGGCUGCGAAACCUUACGGGCGGCCAUUACGCCACGGCAACAUCGAUAACGAAGGGGGACUUUGGCAGCUACUUCAUCACCUACACCGGCCUCCGAGCUGGCAUCAACCUCUUGACAGUCAAGGUCAAUGGACUCCUCAUCAUGGGCCAGGAGGAGCAGGUCAUUUACGACCCACCAGUUCAAGGCCAAAACAGGCCUUUGACAGUCACUGGCUACUGGAAUGAACGUGCCAACGGCCUGAUGACCAUCUACGCACCUGCCAGGAUUCCGGCAGAGUGUACCACUGGAGUCAUUUGUGCCGUUGUGUUUCACGUGCGCGACACCUACGGUAACCGCAUGCUUGGGGACUAUCAUGAGCAAAUGCAAUACCGUACGGUGGACGCUCAAUGCAAUCCACUCCUUCCAGAGGAUCCUUGGUGUGUGCCAGUGGACGAGGCAUGGCUUGCCUUGCAAAGCUUGCGAGCUGACGCCAACCAUCGGCAGCUUUGCAGCAACUUGUGUUUCAUUUCCUGCUUCGACAUCCGCGCUGGACGAACUCCGGAAAGCUUGGGUGCCUACAGCUUGGAGGGAGACAGCUACAUCCGUGGGCCCACGGCCCUUCUCGUGAAUAUCGGAGAUGCUCAGCUAAGAAGAGUAAGAAGAGCUUGUAUAGAGAUGUUUGACAACCACAUGGACAGUCCUCUAAGUUAUGGCAAUGUGGUGGGAACGCCUGCGCCAGUUCUGGUGCAGCUGAAGGACCAAUAUGGAAAUGACCGCAUUGUUACUGGCUCCGACUUCCUGCAGCGGCGCAACGGCAUCUCCGCAACGCUCGGUGACCGAGAAUUGGCCACGACUGUUUACGACAACGGCACCAUCGAAGUGACAGUGCUUAUCUUCCAAGCUGGAUUCCACAACCUGCGAGUCAGAAUCGGAGCCGGCUGCAUCCAGGUACCAGUCCGCGACCCUUGCGAAGACAUUUCGGGCUCGCCAACCACGCUGCUUUGGUGGAAAGAGGCAGAGGUCUCCGAGAACGGAAUGACAUGCCAAACGCCUUAUGCCAUGGAAGCAGGGAGGCAGUACCACUUCACAUGCACUGGGCGGGACGUCUAUGGCAACAUAAACCGAGACCACGAGUUGGUAUUGACCUCUUUCUUCAACUAUGUCGUUGAUCCAGAGGGUUCCGAGCCCCCAGAUGGCUGGUUUCGUGGCAAUUUGAGUGCGAACUUCAAUCACACGGUUGCCGGUAGCUAUCUGGCAGCAGAUGGAAGGUAUCAUUUCGACAUCACACUUUACAGAGCUGGCUUCUACGAGCUGAUCAUUGAGAUGAUCAAAGUGGGCUCCCAGCCAGCCAUCGUCUUGGCAAGAAAUGUCCAAGCCGAAGGACGCCCCGUUGGCGAAGCGACAUAUGUGCUGGGAUUUCCUUCGUUGCCAUCCUUCAUGUCGUCGGUGGUGGGUGGCUUUGUCACAGCUGCUGCCAACGUGGCUAAUGAGGUUACUGUCCAGACGCGAGACCGCUUCGGCAAUGCCAUCGAAAUCAACAACGGUGCGGACACCGUGGUCGCGCAACUUCGGGGAAGCUCGCCGGUGACGUUGCCCUUCCUGCACUUAAUUCAAGGUCGCUAUCGUGGUGCCCUUGUUCCCCUGGCGGCGGGGCCAACACUUCUGGAGAUCCGUGUGGCGGGUGAGGAGAUCGUCGGCUCUCCGUUCGAUUUCCUGGUCACUCCCGGCCCGAUGGUGACCACAAACUCGCUCGUGGAGGGCUUUCCCAGCGAGCUAACUGCCGGUGUGCUGUCCUGCUGGAACAUCACCUUAAGGGAUGCCACACAAAACCAUUUGCUUUCUGGGCAGUUCGAAGCAGACCCCACGCAGCUCGAGCCUGUGUCCUGCACAGAUGUGGAAUCAUACUGCUUCCAUACCCAACUGAACGGUACUUUCACAUGCUGCAUCAACAAGACGGCCAUUGACGUAGUGCCUGCCAAUUUUCUGGUCGACACCUUUCCGUUCACGUGCCAGAUUCGCGGUGACAACAUCUUUGGUCCAGUCGACAUGAAGCUGUGGCCACAUCCGAUUUCGCCUUAUUGGCCUGACAGCAGCCUCAAGAUUGGGAACGGAAUGCUUGGGCCGUAUGACUAUCCGAGCUACAUCGACGACCAGUUUGGAUGGCAGGACUGGCCAACAACCUAUGUGCGCGGCGUGCAGAACAUUGACAGUGGCCAACAACAGCAGCAGCUAAACCGCCUGCGCAGGUGGUACACCGACGGCUUCUACAAUGUUUUCAAAGGCGACAAUGCAGCCAUCCUCAUGUGCGACGUGAAGGGGAAUCACUCCCUUGGAAAUCAUACGCUUGGACGGCCGACCCGCUCGCUCUACCGGCUGCCCUACACCCUGAACCAGGAACUCGGAGUCUUCGAGGUUGAGCUCAAGUUCGAACGGAUUGGAUAUCACAAGGUCUUCUGCUCUACGGCAGUCCGUGGUGGAAUGAACGUCGAGUACCGAGACACUGAUGGCAGCAUCCUGCGGCGGGUUGAGCAGGGCAUCAACAUCUCUGCUCCGGAGCAGAUGCCCAUGGACGAGGAAGGAGGCGCUGCGCGAUGGGAUGCCCUUCUAUACCCACCCAGAUCAGCGAACUACACCCUCAUUCUGGCAUGUCGCGGCAGGGAUGCGGUGCUCAUCUUCAACAACUCCCUUCGGGCCACGAUCACAACCACAGAUGACACAGUGGACCAGGAGCAGCUCGCAGUCAUUGGACCUUUGGACUUGCAAGCGCAAACGCCGUAUCCCUUGCAAGCAGCAUGGACUUCAAACUCGCUCAGCUCGUCUGUGCAGCUGCGAUGGUUCAGCGACGGCGGCAUCCCAGAGGAACUCCUUCCUGGAGAGCACCUCUACAACUCGAAGACGCUACUGUCUGGCUAUCCAAAGAUCAUCGAAGUCUCCGACGCGGCAGUUGUGCGCCGCCUGCAGCCUGAGAAUGCGAACGAGGAGGAAGCGGAUGGCCAGCAAAUCAGCGCCUACCAGCUCCACCAGUUCCACCAUGACAGCGAGGAUGUCACGGAAGCGCAAGCGGAAGCCGAGGUUAUCCCAGCCGCUGACACAGAGGUGGAGGUCCAUGUUCCCGACUCUUUGGGAAUCAUCGACCCACUCCCAGAUCCGACAAAAUUUCACCGUUUGGAGCGACGGGCCAGCGACGACUAUGCAGAUGAGGACUUCGAGGCCGUGGGCCGUUCCAUGCAGGCCACAACGGCGGUCACGCCACCCGAUCCACCAGAAACGAUUGUCCUCGGUUCUGACCAGAUGACUGUCCGGAUUGCAUGGAUCGAGCCUUCAGGACAAAACGUGACAGGCUAUCGGGUCUAUGUUGACGGAAAAUUGGCAUAUGAUGGGGCCACUGAUUCUGUCACGCGCGAGUUCACCCUGAUGAACUGUACACGUGGAGAACUGCGUGAUCUGGCAGUUGCAGCGGUGAAUGCUGGAGGAGAGACCCUGGUGCCAACCGUCAUUACGCGACACUGUGCGCGACGGCCGUUCAAGCCCGAGCCACCAACAAUCGUGUACGUUGACUGCGUGAAGGAAGCCAGUCCUCCUGACAGACUGUUGAUCGACAAUCACAUCCGCAUCGAGUCAUGUCAGCAAGGCUAA